CGCGCAGGAGGCGGCUCGGGAGUCGGGGGGCGGCGCCUGCGCGCCCACCGCCGUGCCGCGGGCGGCGGAGCCGGCCAGCGACAGCUCGGCGCCGCGCGACACCGCGAGCGGGAGCGGGCAGGAGGGGCACGGAGUCCGGGGCGAGCGAGGGGAAGGAGUAUUACCAGGUGAGGAACACGUUCGUGGAGGCGAUCGAGAGCAGCUGCUCCCACGCCGGCUGCGGGAGCGGGAAGGCCUGCUGCUCCCACGCCGCGCAGCGGCCUUGCGGAUCCGAGCCGCCCCCAGCCAUCGGGGAGCGCGGGAGUCGGCGGCGGGAGCCGCUCAUGCGCCUGGCCAGGACACCGUCCCGCCCCUGCUGGCCUGGACCCCGCGCUGCGUCCGACUCUUCACCUGACCCACCGCCACGACGCGGCUAGGCAGGCGCAGUGGCAGGCACGUUCCGAGACGUUGUGAGACAUCGGAGCGUAUUUGUUCUAAGCAGAACUUAGGAGGAAUUCAUGUUUCCGCGUCGCCACCUCGGCCUUUAAGAGGUGCGGCGCAAUGGUGUGGACUGCAUGCGCACAGCACGUCCCCCGACAAGCGCAAGUGCGCACAUUUGAUCCCUCAGUGUGAUUUUGCAUUGUCACCCGUGCGGUGAAUGGGGGUCUUUCCGAGUGUCAGCUUCUGUGCGCUGUCAUUCCUGUCCGCCUCACUCCCUUCCACGGCAUCUCAUCCUCACAUGUGUUCCUCCAGUAUUCCUGCAGUUUUCACGAGCGACGAACGCAUCGAUGUCCAUAUCAAUGCCCUCGUGGUCUGGAUAACGAGGCGCGAUCUCACGGAUACGCGUUCCCACGGAUCCGUUCCGCGCAGCGCAUCCGCCCAAAGCCGCUCUGUAUCCAUGGGAUCGCAGCCGAGAAGUCCAGACCGCCAUGCCGUGGGUAGGGAAACGUUCCCCGCCCGCGAAUACCCUCCGCCGAGGUUUGCGCGCGGGCAUCCAUCUCGCCGCGGUGUGGAGAAAUAUGUCUGGCCUCUUGCUUCAGGGACCGGGUUGGGACGGUG